UUAAGUCAGUGGAACGUUUGAGCAAUUCUUCGGUUUCCUACGGACUCUUUAAUAACGGACCAAAGCAGCAGGCGAAAUGGAAGUGAAAAAUGCAAAUGCUGCCAUGCUCAGCAACUACGAGGUGUUCAAACUCCUCACAGACCUCAAGGAGCAAAGGAGAGAUGCCGGGAAGAGCAAACACAGUGUUGGGCAGCAGAACCUCAAUACUAUCAUGUAUGAGACUCUGAAGUACCUGUCGAAGACGCCGUGCAGCAGACAAAGUCCUGAGAUCGUCAAGGAGUUCCUCGGCACCAUGACGCAUCACAAGCUCACAAAGGCAGAAAAACUACAGCUGCUAAACCACCGACCGCAGACCGCAGUGGAAAUUCAGCUUAUGGUGGAGGAAAGUGAAGAGCGGCUGUCGGAGGAGCAGAUCGAGGAGCUCAUCCAGAACGUGGCAGACGUCCUCCCAGGUGACCCGGAGGAGAAAAACGUAGCUGCAGGCCGCCGAUGUGGAGAUGGAUGAAGGCGGAGAACAGUCGUGACACGGUGACUUCCAUGUGAAGAACUGGUUACACAAAGACAGGAUGCACAGAGACUACAAGUCUGCAGUUAAAAGCUGAGUUGUUAAUCCUGUUUAUUCAGCUAAUAUUGACAAUGAAAACAGUUUCACACAGAAGAGAUUAAUCUCUUUAAAAUAUGUCAAUAUUGCACAGAGAAGUGCUUUCAAAAGAGGAGGAGAUCUUGAGUUUUAUGUGUCAAAUAACAUUUAUGUAACUUGCAGCCAUAAACAUAUAUUAAAUAAUUUUGUUCCAAUCCAAAAGCACAAUAUUAAUUUUAUUUUGUUUAUAUUGAUGGGAGAUGGAACCUUAUUGUAUCUCUUACUUUCCUUUCAUGCUUCAGUCUUAGGAUAGUUUGUGUUUUGCUGCUGUUUCCUUGCAGCAGAGGAAAGAUGUUCGGGUUGGAAGUGUGAAGGUUUCUGUUUCUUGCCUUCCUGUUUGCAUAUCACGUCAGUUUCCUGUUCUUACUCAGCUCCUUAAAGAGUUGACAUACAAACGCACAGUAAAGAGUAGACUCAUGCCAAAGAAGAAGAAGAAAAGCAGAGGACAUGAGUCUACAACUUAAAAUAGAAAACGUCUUUGUGUAAAGCUAGAGAAACUGUAAACUUCACAUGUAAGACAGAAGAUUUUUUAUUUGUCAUUGCAUCUCAACAAAAUCUCUUAACUCAACUUCAACCUCUCCUUCUUAGUAACAAAUGCGUUUUCCUUAUUUCAGCAAGAAAAUUGCUCUUCAAACUUUUCAGCUAAUGACUGCAUGAUUGCCUUAUUUUUAUAGCUUCGCCUUAGACUAAGAUGUUUCGUCUGGUUGUGAUAAUUUGAUCAGCCUGUCUGUAGAACCAAACCUUGAAAACAGUUGAAGCACCUAACAAUUUUGAAAUUCCUAAAACAGCUCUUUAGAAAACUUAAAGAUUAUUUGUUUUGUUUUUGGCUCAUUAAACCUAAAAUACUAAUAAAGAAAUUACAUUUUUCAAAUGACAAAUGUGAAUUUUGAUCUUUUUGUGAAAGAAACUAAACUAUAAAGGUGUGCUGAAAGUGUUGCUAUAAAUUUAUGUUAUUUUGCAGUAUAAUUAACCCACAUUGAAAAAAAGGCUGCAGCUCUCUAAUGAUGAACUUUGUACAUUUAUUGUUUUACUUCCUUUACCAUUGUGCUCACUGUUCAUGGUGGCAAGGUGUGGUUGAGUCCUCUUCCAACCUUUGUCAUAUUAAACAGUUUGAUAAUUUA